GGCUCAGCCCGGCGGUGGGGGGGCCGUGCCCGGGGAAGGCCGGGGGCAGCCCCUCCGGGCGGGGACCGGGAAGCGCAGGAGCCGCCCUAUCGGGGCCGCCGGGAUUGCGGAGCCGCGGGCAGUGCGGGGAGGAGGGGAGAGGGGGGGAGCCAGUCGGGUGUCCCGGGGCGGCGGGGAGCGGGGCAGCGCCGAGGCCACCGCUGCAGUUUCCCCGGUGGCACCGGGAACACGGAGCGUGGACGUGGGGGCACCGGGGGAACACUGCGGGACACCUGCGGGCCCGCCCCGCCCCGCCCUGCAGCACGCGGAUCCGUUCCCGUCCCGUCCCACCGGGUCCCGAGAGCGGAUCCGCGCGGUGCGGUGCCCUGCGAGGAGGGGCACAGGUGUGUUCGGAACCGUCCGCGGGGCCACCGGGCGCGGAGCCACCAGGAACUGCCCCGGGUUUUCCUGCCCGUCCCGUCGGGGCGCGGGGCCGGAGCGGGUGCGGCGGGGCGCAGCACGGGGACCCCGGCCCGGUAUCGGUUCUGCUUUCGGGAGAGGCGGCGAUUUCGCAGUAACGGGGGGCGGGUGCCACCUGCCCCGGGGAUUCCCCACCUGCCGCCGCCCCAUAAAAGCCGAUGGCUCCGCCGGUGGCGGCACUGACCCGAUCCGACCCGCCCCGCCAUGUCCCCGCUCCGUCGCCUCCUGCUCGCCCUCUGCCUCCCGGCGAUGCUGCUGCCGCCCGCGGUCCCGUUCCCGGCUCCGAGCACCGACUGGGCCGCCUGCAGGGACCUCUCCCAGCGGCUGUCGCGACUGUUGGGGACGAUGAAGGAGUCGCACCGGGUGCUGCAUGGAGUCCAUCUGGGUGGAGAGGAGGACUCCGAGGGGGACUGUGCCCCCCGCAUCCGCUGCAGCGACGCCUGCGAUCCCUCCACGCUGGACAUGAACAACACGCACUGCCUGCAGCGGAUCCUGCAGGGGCUGCAGCACUACCGGGCCGUGCUGGGCUCCGACAUCUUCGCCUCACGCCCGCAGCCGGAGCUGAAGGCGGUGCUGGAGGGGCUGCUGGGUCUCGUGCAGGUCCCCGUCCAUUCCUGCCAGCCCCCCCCGACCCCCCCCACAGCCUCCUGGGCCCGGCCGCUGCUGCAGCACGAUGCACUCGAGCGGCUCCGCUCCUUCACCGCCGUCAUGAGCCGCGUCUUUACCCACAGCGCCAGCGCCCGCUGACCCUCCCCUGGCCCCCCACCCCCCCCAGUUAUUUAUUUUCUAUUUAUGUGCCACACUCCCUAUUUAUAUGGGGUAUUUAUGGGUUUCU